AUGGCUGCCACCAAGGCAGGGGUAGCGGGCGCAGCGCUGGCGGCAGCCCGGGAGCACGGGCUGGCCGUGACCCGGGACUACAGCAGCAACCCCCGGCUGACCUACAGGACGGUGUGUGGUGUCAACGGGCCACUGGUGGUGCUGGACAAUGUGAAGUUCGCCCAGUACGCCGAGAUCGUGAACUUCACGCUGCCCAACGGCACCACCCGCAGCGGGCAGGUGCUGGAGGUGAUGGGCUCCAAAGCCAUCGUCCAGGUGUUUGAGGGAACAUCUGGGAUCGACGCCAAGCAAACCUCCUGCGAGUUCACGGGGGACAUCCUGCGCACCCCCGUGUCCGAGGACAUGCUGGGUCGGGUGUUCAACGGCUCCGCCAAACCCAUCGACGGCGGCCCCCCGGUGAUGGCCGAGGACUUCCUGGACAUCAACGGCCAGCCCAUCAACCCCCACGGGCGCAUCUACCCCGAGGAGAUGAUCCAGACGGGAAUCUCGCCCAUCGACGUCAUGAACAGCAUCGCCCGUGGCCAGAAGAUCCCUAUCUUCUCUGCCGCGGGGCUCCCCCACAACGAGAUCGCAGCGCAGAUCUGCCGCCAGGCGGGGCUGGUGAAGAAGUCCAAGGAUGUGGUGGAUUACCACGAGGACAACUUCGCCAUCGUCUUCGCGGCCAUGGGGGUGAACAUGGAGACCGCCCGGUUCUUCAAGUCGGACUUUGAGGAGAACGGCUCCAUGGAGAACGUGUGCCUGUUCCUCAACCUGGCCAACGACCCCACGAUCGAGAGGAUCAUCACCCCCCGCCUGGCGCUCACCACGGCCGAGUUCCUGGCCUAUCAGUGCGAGAAGCACGUGCUGGUGAUCCUGACCGACAUGAGCUCCUACGCCGAGGCCCUGCGGGAGGUGUCGGCAGCCCGGGAGGAGGUUCCCGGCCGGCGCGGCUUCCCUGGCUACAUGUACACCGACCUGGCCACCAUCUACGAGCGGGCGGGGCGCGUGGAGGGCAGGAACGGCUCCAUCACACAGAUCCCCAUCCUCACCAUGCCCAACGACGACAUCACCCACCCCAUCCCUGACCUGACGGGUUUCAUCACCGAGGGGCAGAUCUACGUGGACCGGCAGCUCCACAACCGGCAGAUCUACCCCCCCAUCAACGUCCUGCCGUCCCUGUCCCGGCUGAUGAAAUCGGCCAUCGGAGAGGGAAUGACCAGGAAGGACCACGGGGACGUCUCCAACCAGCUGUACGCCUGCUACGCCAUCGGGAAGGACGUGCAGGCCAUGAAGGCGGUGGUGGGGGAGGAGGCUCUGUCUGCCGAUGAUCUGCUGUACCUGGAGUUCCUGCACAAGUUCGAGAAGCAGUUCAUCACCCAGGGGCCCUACGAGAACCGGAGCAUCUUCGAGUCCCUGGACAUCGGGUGGCAGCUGCUGCGCAUCUUCCCCAAGCAGCUGCUGAAGCGGAUCCCGGAGAACAUCCUGGCCGAGUUCUACCCCCGCGAGGCCAAGGCGCCCGACCCGGGCCCGGUGGGCACGGCCCUGUGA